AUGAGCCUCGAAGAAUACGGGAGCCUCAGCGCAGAAUACUUCUUGGCCAAGAGAGAGUUGUCAGAUGAGCUGAAGGAGAUUGCCGCGACGGUCUCCGUAAGCAAAGAUUUCCAGAACAUGCAAGUGUAUGGCAGCUCCGCGCUCCAGCACAUGCGGUUUUACUCGGACGUCGAUGCCGUGGAGGUGGUCAAGCUCAGUGCUACCUCAAGGGCAGCAGCAGCUGAUGAGGCGGCCAGGCUCCUUCAGCAAUUGGUGUCGCGGAUCGAAGAGAAGGGUGCAAUCUUUCUUGAGCUGAAGGCAGGUGUCAACGAGCAGUGGGAGGCGCCUUUGAGCCAGGUGGUAGAAGCAAGCCAGAUGUCGGAACAUUACAAUGACAUUUCGGAAGAAGGAUUCGAUUCUAGAGAAGCUAGAGAAGGAUUCAAACUGGAAUUGGACAUUCUGAGGCAAAAUGAAGUGGUUCAGGAACAUGAGGGAGGCUUGGAGGAUGAUCCUUUUCCGAAGUGGUUCCUCAACGAGAACGAGUGGGGCCCGCGUGUUCAUCGAGAGCUCCAUGCGUUUGGCGGUUUCGAUGCCCAGCGGGGGGGGGCGUUUGCGAGCACCGAGGAGGAGACUUGCGCAUAG